AUGCUUGCAGAACAGUUGUCUCUGGAGGGGGUGGGGCGCCCGCAGCAGGGCCAUCGCCGACACAAGUUUACCGCCGUGGAGGAGAUGGAUUGCCCCAUCGGCGACAUCAUGAGUGUGCCGCUUGAUCGCCUCUGUCAAUUGGCGUGGCCUUUGCUGUGCUGCAGGGAGGGUGAGAAUUUGGGCAAACCUUUCAGAGUGCCACCAUUCUCUCAGACAGACGCUGACGACGCACAGCUUGCCCGUGUCAUUGUCGCCACGGCCACCGAAACCAUUCGCUUUUUUCGGAUGCAGCUGUGGUGGGGUCAAUUAUCGUGCCACACGUUGCGUACGGCGCUUUUUCAGAAGGCCCUGCAUGCCAUGUUGACCACGAGCGCUGUUAUUCCUUCUGGCCAGUCGGCAGAUUCCUUGUCACCUGCCGCCUGUGCGUUGGCUCCACAGAAUUUGGCAACCGAAGAGAGGACAUCGCCUGGGGGCGUUGAGGCGACGGGCCUGAAGUCUCAUCGUGGAUCAUUCGAUGGCUCCUCAACGGAUGAGGUUUCCCCUGGUAAAGCUCGCAUAUACGCCGAUAAAAGGAAGGUUGCGCCCAUGGACUGGGUUCUUCCGUAUCUUAGUGGUCAGGAGGAUGAGAGGUGGUUGUCAGAGAGGGUGCGAGAGAUAGUGGAUAUGACGUUUUUGCCCCACAACGAAUACCAAAAACAACUUGUCUCAAAUGCAGCUUAUGUAUCCGUGCAUGCACAACACCACAAGCGUGGUGCCCAGGUAUUUCUUUUUAUUUUGCAAGAGGUGUUGGAGCGUUGGAACGCCGCAACGGAGAACACUGGAGAGUUUGGUAUAUUUGCUUUUGGUGUCCUGCUGCCCAUUAUUGAUAUUGUCCGCUGUACAAAGUUCAACAACACCGAUAUGGUGACUGUGGGAAAAUUGCUCGAAGCGGUGCGAUUCCCAUCCCGUGGGCGUGGUCUCAGUAGUGAGUCUCUUUCCAAGGCCACAUUUGUCACGAGGUAUAAUCUUUCAUUGGGGGAGAGUAUGAUGGAGAAGGAUGUGGACGGGAAUGAGAAUGAGGAAAAGGAGGAGGAGGAGGAGACAGGCGGCCGAUCGCCACAGCCGCACACGUCUCUGCCGCCGCUAUUGACAAGGUGGGGAAUGCUCCUGGGCGAUCAAAUGUUACGAGAGCGAACACACAAGGCGGAUUAUGGGCAUAAUGCCAUUGCGUCCACGAUGGUAACCGAUAUGUUUCUAAUGGCUCCAUUGGCCCGAAAAGUGAGCGUAUACGUUCGUCGGGCUUCCUAUUGCGAGGGCGUGCAGCUGGUGUUGCUUCCAAGAGCCUCCAUCGCUG